GUUCCUAACUGACGAAUCGCAUUUUUCGACAAAUUGUAUUAACUACUGUAGUUAAAACUCCCUAGUCUAGUAACAAAAAUGACGUCGGGAGGUAGACAAUUGUCAGCCCAAGUGUUUUGUCGAGAGCAUCCUGACACUCCAUUGGUGGAAGACUACCAUGCUGGAGACAUGAUUUGUUCUUUAUGUGGUUUAGUGGUUGGAGACAGAGUUAUUGAUGUUGGAUCAGAAUGGAGAACGUUUAGUAAUGAGAAAAACUCCAAAGACAACUCUCGUGUUGGUGCAGCUGAGAAUCCACUAUUUGAUGGAAGUGACAUGUCAACCAUGAUUGCUACAGGGACUGCAAGUGACAGCCUUAAAGAUGAAUUUGGAAAACCUAUGUAUAGAAACAGACGAACGAUCAAUAGUUCAGACAGAGCAUUGUUUACAGCAAUUAGAGAAAUCAAUCAAAUGGCUGACAGAUUGAAUCUUCCCAAGAUGUUAGUGGAUCGAGCUAGUACCCUGUUCAAACAAGUUCAUGACAGUAAAGCAUUGAAAGGGCGAAGUAAUGAUGCCAUUGUCUCUGCCUGUAUGUACAUUGCUUGCAGACAAGAGGGAGUACCAAGAACCUUGAAAGAAAUCUGUGCUGUGUCGAAGAUAAGUAAAAAGGAAAUUGGACGUGUUUUUAAACUGAUCCUGAAGAAUUUGGAAACCAAUGUUGAUCUGAUCACAACAGGUGACUUUAUGUCUAGAUUUUGUUCCAACUUAUGUUUGCCUGCAUCAGUUCAGAAAGCUGCAACACAUAUAGCAAGAAAAGCUGUUGAGAUGGAUCUUGUGCCUGGCCGAAGUCCAAUAUCUGUUGCUGCUGCUGCCAUUUAUAUGGCAUCACAGGCCUCUGAGGACAAGAAGACAGCUAAAGAAAUUGGUGACAUUGCUGGUGUAGCUGAAGUAACCAUCAGGCAGUCCUACAAGUCAAUGAUUCCAAAAGCAGAGGAAUUAUUCCCCAAAGACUUCAAGUUUUAUACACCAAUAGAUGCCCUGCCAGCCAACUGAAGUUAUUAAGACAAGACAAUUGUAUUACCUAACAAAAAAAAACUAAUUAUCUCAAAUCAAAGUUUCAAAUCAAAUUGUUUUCACAUGUCUCAUUGUCUGCAUGAAACACUUUUCCUUUUUUUUUUCUAUGCCAUAAAAAUGUUUGUAAAUUACAUAGAAACUAAAUAAUUGAGAGUGCAAUAAAAAUUGGGAAAUUCUGUUUCUAAACAUAGAGAGGUGUUCACAGGUGUAGAAAUACACUUUGUAUGUAAAUGAUGUCAUUUGUAAAUCAUUUGUUUUCUCACACACAUUAUAGUUUAAUAUUUUUAGUCAGUGAUGAAUAAACUGAUUAUAAACCA